AUGACUGAAAUUAAAGAAAAACUUUUUAACACAAAAAAUGUAAAACAUUAUCAGGAUAUGUGUCUAUAACAAGCAUUAGUUUUAAAGGAAAAGUAGAUUUUUAUCUCAAAGUAUUUUCAAAUUGAUAUUUAGAUUUUAUAAUUAAAAAAUACAACCUCUGUGACUGUAGAUAUUUUCGGUAAUUAUGAAAACGAUACCUAAUUGGGAUAUCAAAUCAUUUUAGGAGUAGAUGGAUCCUUAAAAAAUUAAAUGAUUCCUACUUCUCUGAUAAAUUUACAAGCGAAAAUUACAAACUUGAAUCCUAUUAUUCUCUUGCUAAUUGCUUUUAUGGAUUUAACUUUAUCAAUACCGAAAAUUUUGAUUUUUUGAAUUCAAUACAAGAGAAUCAAACAAAUAAUUCAUUCAGAUACAGCAUUCAACCAAGUAUUAAUAAUAGAUAAUAUAAUUUAGGAGGAGGUGGAAGCUAUAAUAGUAUAUUUUUAAUAGUGUAAUAAAUUUAAACAACUUACUCGCCCCUUUAAUUUUAGAAACUAUCAAUCAAAUAAUUUGAAUUUGUUCCUUAGAAGGAAGCACAUAUUAUUAUAUCUUAUUAAUAAGGAGAUUAUAUUUUUUCAAAUGUUGGACUACAUCCUAUAUUCGUUGAUAAGGAAUUUGAUAAAAUUUAAAUGUUGACAUAAAUAAAAUGUGAAAUUUAUCAAACAAUCAGAAGCACCUUCAAUAAAUUUAAGAAAUCAGUAAUACAAAAGUCAUUAACUUUAAUUCAUAGGUGUGACCCAAACAUAAAAUCAAAUCAACUUUAAAUUGGUUUUAAAAAUACUGAUAAGUCCUAAUUGGAAUUAGUAUUUAAUAUUUUAGAGAUGAGUCAAUAUGUGUCACAAAUAAUCUAUAAUUAAGUAAAAGAAGAACAUAUAUUUUCAACACAAUUGAAAUUUUGUUUGACUCAGUCAAUUACUGAAAUAUUAUUUAAUUGA